UACUUGGUUUUUUCUUCUUCCUUGCACGGCUACUGCUGCUGCUUCUUCUUCUUCUUCUUCUUUCCUUACAAAUUGGAAGAAGUAGUUCAAUCAAUCAUUAAACUUCAGUAUACAGUCUCUGUUUUUGUCUCUCUGUUGAAAUCAGUCUAUUGCAAAAUCAUUAAAAGAAACGCUGAUAUGGAAUCUCUAUCGCCCGUUUCUACAUCAAUCGUGAUUCAACCGAAGAAUCCACUAUUCCAUUUCCAACGACAACGGCAGACCAGAAUCUUUCACUCAUUAUCUUUUCCGAGAAAAAACACCAACUUUUUCACUACCAGAAGAACCAGAGAUACUUGUUCAUUUGCGGUAUCUGGUAAUAAUAACAGUGGUGGAGGAUCUGAAGAAAAAGAAGAAGAAGAAGACCUGGAGACGGCACUUCAUUUGGAUGGAAGUAUCCCAAGUACUUCUGAUGAAUUUGUAAAGCAGGUUUCUUCCCGUGCUUAUGAUAUGCGGAGACGUCUUCAUCAAACCUUUGAUACCAGCAGUUAUGAUGUAUUAGAGGCAAACCCAUGGCGAGGAGCUUCGAAACCUGUUUAUGUACUUACUCAGAGGGAGAACCAGUUGUGUACAAUGAAAACUCGAACAAAUCGCAGCGAAGUUGAAAAGGAGCUUGGGUUAUUGUUCUCCAAACAAGGGAAGAGUCGAACUGAAAAUAAGACAAAGCAGUCAAGAAAUGGCACAAAUUUCCGCAUGGUAGUUGAGGAUGUUCGGGAAGGAGUACUUGUGUUUGAAGAUGAGAAUGAUGCUGCAAAGUACUGUGACUUACUACAAGGCGGAGGCCAAGGAUGUGAAGAUGUUGUAGAGAUUGAUGCAUCCUCGGUGUUUGAUAUUUGCCAAAAGAUGAGAGCCCUUGCAGUCCUUUUUCACCGUGGAAGAACACCUCCAUUACCAGAGAGCCUUCAACUCAAUUUAAAGGCCAAGAAACGAUCCCUUGAAGAUCAAGAGGACUUGAUAUGAUCACAGAUCACAGCAUAACUGUAUAAUGUGUAUAUUGUUUAUGUAUAUAGUAACUCCACUGCAGAUCUGCUAUCAUAAAGCUGAUUAAAGAAAUUACUUCCCACUCUGAUGAAAAUGUACUGUAUAAAAUGUAUCCAUUCUCUUGUCUGUUAAUAUAACAAGGCUCCCUGCCUUUUCAUUUGUACUGUUAAUAAAUUGGUAUUCUUACCAUAAUUAAGACUGGUGCAUAGCAGAU